GCGGCCUGCUGACAAACGAGCAGACGGCGCGGCUGGUGGCCGAGCUGCGGGCCGGCGGCGAUGAUGAGGCCGACCCGUCUAGCGCUGAGCGCGAGCUGCUCUGCCGGGCUCUGCAGCAGGCCGCCACGCUUAAGUGUUCGGCUGGCUCACCUGUGGAAGACCGAGUGUACAGUGCAACGGAACACACCACUAGCUCCAAGCUGUCUCGCAUCCCACGGCUACACCACAAAGCCGCGGACGCCACCCAGCCUUCGCCUCUCUUCGCGAAAGGUGACGCCACCUUCGAAGGUGCCUCUUCCCCGGCGAACGCACUCUGCCAAGGCGCCGACGGUGGCGCCGCCGGUGGGCGUGGCUCGGCCCUAUCGUUCGGCGCCUACGCCGGCGCAGGAGUGGUCGCCGCCCCCGCGGGACGCGCCGCCGCCGCCAGCAGAGCCGGGCCAGGGACACGUGGCCAGCCCGGCCGGCGCGCUGCCGCCGCCCGAUAGCUUCCAGGUUAUCCGGGCCGUGGGCGGCGACAGUCUGCUUCUCUACUGGAGCCCCGUGGAGGACCACAGGAUCUCCGGCUACCAGAUUUUCGUCGACAGCCAGCUGCAGUUGGCGAUCCGGAACCCGCAGCGGACCAAGGCGCUGUUGCCGGCGCUGGACCUCUCCGCCCCGCUGCGGCUGGCCAUCCGCACCGUGUCUGCAGACGACGCCCACUCGGCCCUCGCCUGGGCAGACUACUGGCCGGCCAAGGCGACCGCGGCGCACUGAGGUGCCCGGCCGCUGCAGGGCUGAGCUGACCUGACCUAACCUGAGCUCAGCUGAGCUGCGCGGCGCCCUCCCGGCUCCGGGCCCGCUGUGGUGGCGGGGCCGAGGAUAAGAGCCGGCGGCCCGCAGACCGGGCCCAGAUUUGGAGCUGUUUGCCUGGAAGCACAACAAAUGUGAUCCAUGGCUGCGCUGCACCGCGUACUGUUUUCUCUGUGAAGCUGUGUUCACGUGGCCUGUGCACUGAACGGCACCGCACUCGUCGAUGUGAGAUAUACGCAGUUGUGUAGAA